UGAAGGAGGACAGAGGGCCUGAAAAUGGCGGCUGGAGGUGAAGCCGUGAGCGGCAAUAGCCGCGGCUCGACCGCUGUUCUGGAGUCGACCUUGGACCGCCGUUUUCAAGGAGUAACAAACACAAUGGAGUCAAUUCAAGGACUGUCGACCUGGUGCAUCGAGAACAAGAAACACCACAGCGUUAUCGUGCGCCACUGGAUAAAGUGGCUGCGAAAGUCGGACGCAUCUCACAGACUCAAUCUCUUCUACCUGGCUAAUGAUGUCAUUCAGAAUUGCAAGAGGAAAAAUGCCAUCGUCUACCGCACGACCUUCACUGAUGUUCUUCCAGAGGCGAUUAAGCUUGUCAAUAAUGUGAAAGACUCACAGGUGCGCAAAUCUGUGGAGAGGAUCCUGUCCAUCUGGGAGGAGAGGAAUGUUUAUUCAGAGGAGCUUAUUAACCAGCUAAGGACUGGUCUGAUCCAGAGAGAAGAACCACCAGCUCCUGUCAACCCAAAGGCAGCACUGAGAUCCAAGAUAGUAGCUGAGUUUGUGCCCUCGGCAUUCAUUGAGCAACUGACGAAGUACAGGAACUCCAUGGAUGAGAUUGAACUAAGAGAGAAGCAGCUAGCUGCUAUGAGAGUGGAUGUGUGCAGCACAACGGCUUUAAAGAAACUCAAAGAUAAGGCAGGGGGCAAGCGAUUUUCUAAAGAUUUUGAGGAUGGUAGCACAAAGCUGCAGGACUUUGUGGCCUUUCUGGAUGGACAGGUCAAAAAAGGACCUUCCUUGAUGGAGACUCUAGAGAAUGCAGACAUCUUCUAUGAAAUGCAGUACAAAGAGGUCAAAAUUGUUACAAAAGCCUAUCAAACUUUUGCCAACCGAGUAUUGCAUCUCAAGCGCAAGCUGGAUACAAUCAAAUCCUCUUUACCUGACCCCAAUGACUCGCCAGUCCCCUCUCCUGUUGAAGAUGCCCCCUCACCCACAGGCUCCGAGUCACCCUUCCACAACCUGCCACGUAUUGGUACCCCAGACCCAGAGCUGGAUGGCCAAGCUAUGGAGGAAGACCUGAUUGCCUUGGGUGAUGCCCCUAGUCCACUCUCAUCUCCUGGCGACAAAGACAACCGUGAGGUAGAAGACAUGGAGCUCUCUGAUGUGGAGGAGACAGAAGGGCCAGCCAUCAUAGUGGAAGAGCGAGUGGAGCAGCCUGAUCCUGUGAGUGAAUGCAGUGAAAGUCCUAGGCUUGGUGUCACUGAACCGUCUCAGUCAGGUCAGGCCGAACCAGCGAAACAGGUCACAACCCCAGCUGCAUCAGUGACUCCAACAACCACGUCACUUCCCAUUAACCUUGCUGGUGUGGAUCUAGGCAAAAUCAGCUCCAUCCUUAGCACACUCACAAAUGUUAUGAAGAACUCUGGAGUAAGCCCAGCAUCCCGCUCGUCCACUAGUACUUCAAGCACCUCUACCACAGCAAGUUCAUCUCUGAAAACCCCAACCACCUCUGCCCCAGCAGCAGCUCCUGCACCCAACCCACUGGCCAGCAUGCUCUCCAGGGUGGACUUCAACCCCAGCACCCUGCUCAACGCCUUGUCUAAAACCCAGGCGCAAGGAAUUGGCCUUCAGGGAUUGUCAUCUUUGCUGAACAGUCAGACUGGAAUGACCUCUACUCCUUCAGGCUCAGAUAUGGACCCAUCCCCAGACCCCACUCUCUUAGCACAAGCCCAUGCAUCUCCCAAGACCACUUCAGUGUCAUCUACUCCACCAUUGGCAAGAGGCUCAACCCCUCAAAGAGUUGUUCCUCUCCAGCCUUCUCAGUCUCCCAACAUUGCGCAAACCAGAGAUCUUCAGACGAAUGUGGAGAAAGAUAAAGUAGAGCAUAUUCCCUCUGCCAUCUCUAGCCUGGAUUCCAAAAUUGAUAAUUUCCUGCAGGUGAAUCCAGGAAUAAGAGGCUUGAAUAUGGGUUUCCCAUCUGUUCUUCCCUGGCCUAAGGCUGUUGAUAGUCCCUUAGCAAGCACAGAGAACCUAGGGGGGACCCCUGUGAGGGAUGAGUCUGGUGCUACUCCGACUCAAGAUGAAGUCAUGGAUGAUCCUGUAGCACAACCGUUCAUGUAUAAAGGUGGGCCUCUCCAAACGCCAUCAACCACUGCAGCUUUGGCAGCCAAUUCUGCACCCCCAGUGGAUAGAGAAUCAUCAGUGGCCACUUACACUAAUGAUUCAUGGCAAGAACAAAGAAUUCAUGGUUCACAGUUUGGUCCUGGGGCACAAAAUGGAGGAGAGAUCUACCAGAGGGAUUUUACAGCAAAACAGGACUUCAGAAAUUCUGUGCUUUCUCCUGCAGAAGCCAAGGCUGGACGCAGUCAACAUGUAGAAUCUCUGCUGCCAUCAUCCAUGCCAAGCAACAAUCAGUUGUCAACUGAAAACUCUGAAACCAUGGAGCGGAUUGGCUCAGUAUCUCAAAGGGCAAAGCCUUAUUCCGUUAUUGGUAACGCCGGAGACAAUACUGGCUUAGCAGGUGAUGGUUGGUAUGGUAAAACAUAUGGAGAUAGUCAAGAGCAGCGUGUGGCCAGCUCUGAAGCAUAUGGAAGAGAACCAUACCGCUCUGCAGAACCUAGCCAAGAUCCAAAUGUCAAUUCUCCUUCUGAUUUCUUUAACAGCCAACUACCCCCACUCCCACCAAUCCCCCAGCUUCCACCUCCUCCACAAGAUUUUUUGCCUCCAGUUGGAGGUGGAGUCAAAGAUUCUGUUGAGCACCUGGAUCCUGCCAACGAGAUGCAGGCUGGUGGUCAUGUUCCUGAAUAUGUUGCAGAAAAUCCUGUUAGUUAUGAAGAUUAUGACGAACGUGUCCCCCAUCACAUCCAGGCAAAGGAGCCUUUCCAUGGCCAUAUGAAUGUGUCUGGGCCUAGGCAUCGUGCUGCCCCUCCACGCUUUGGCCCUCCAGGCCCUCAGAAUGGCCCUUUGGACUAUAACCAUCGUCCCAGAGGCCCUGUACAUCAUCAGCGCCACCCUAGUAUGCCCCCCCACCGCAUGAACCCUCCCUCUGCUGUAAGAGGCUACCAUGAGGCUAGUAGUCCUCCACAGUCUCAAUCUGAGGAGCCCUGUGUUGAUCCAUACUUUAACCACCCCCCUAGUAGCCCUUCUCCUCCUUCUUAUGAGGCUGAGCACCCCCCCUCACCUCAGUCACACGGGUAUUAUGCUGAAGACAGAGAUCUACCACCACGCCACCCGGAACAUAGACUACGUCCUCAUCUUGAACACAGGCCUCCUGCCCCCCAUCCCUAUCGUGCUCCACACCCUGGUCAUUACCCACCGCAGAGACCUCUCCGUCGUCCUCCUCCACCACAUAUGCCAUAUCCCAGCGAACCACAAUUUCAGAGAGGCAAGAGACAUGGCCCUCCUUUUGCAGGACCUCCCAGAGCUGGGGGUGUGUUUUACCCCCCUAAAAGACCUUUCUUACCACCACGCUACUAAGUGAUUGAUGAACUGAUGAGGUAUCCAUGUCCAAAUGCUAUAAUAUUGGACUAGCAGACAUGAAGCUUUCUGCUGGCAACCAUGCAACGUGGAUUUGAAUGUUUGGUUCCUUCACUAGACCUCAUAAGAUAGCUGCACUAAUUUACAUUGAUGGACAAGUACAUAUAAUAAAAACCCACGUACACUCAUUGGUCUUGGGCAUCUUGAAGAUCUGUGCUCUGAAGUGAGUUGGGGAUGGGAUUUGAAAGUCCUUUAAUCUCUACAUGGACUGUGAAGAAAUCAGUGAGAAGGGAUGAUUACUGGUGGAGAAGAAUGGAGCGAACCCCUUUUGAAAUGCUGGUGGCAAGAUGGAUCAGGCAAGCGGACGACCCUUGAAAUUGCAAGAUAAAGAAAGAAUGAGGUGCUCCUCCUUUUAUUUGAUAGUGUUUUUGGCAUUGAAUUUAUUUCCAGUUAAAAUGCAAUAUAUGGAAUGAUUUUAUUCUGUUCAUCCAUCCCUCUAAACAAAAAGUGUGUGUGUGUGUGUGUGUGUGUGUGUGUGCGCGUGCUCGCCUGAUUGAGUUUGGAUGUUUGUCUAAACUUUUCCACUGGCACUAAAUAGUAAUUACAUUUCAAAAUUUCUGCAUAAGUUCAUCCUUAAUACGUAAACAGUCAUUUGGAGUAAUUUCAUGUGAAAUGCUCUGUUCUGGAGAAAUGACUGAGAAUUGUUCAUAGCGGUGUUGAUGGGAACCAAAUGUCCGAAAUGUUUAUGGCUCUGAAAGGUCCAUCUUGGAAAGCUAAUAUAUGAAAUGGUUAAGAAUGCAUUGCCUGAUGCCUGAAACAAUGUGUAUGGUAGAUUUGUGAUAAGUUUUGGACUAAAAUAUAUAUAUUUUUAAAUAUACAUUCAUGGUGUAGAGGUGCAUAUGGGGCUUCUUAGCAUCCUAAGAAGACUAUUUUACCAUUAUCAGUAUUACAUAUAAAAACAGAAAGCAUGUGUAGGUUCACUGGUAGUUUUGGACAGUAAAGAAAGUGGCCAUAUUUGUGUUGCAGACCUCUGGUUCCUAUUACCAUCACUAUGAAAAGUUCUGACUGAAGGCACCAUUCCACAUCUAACCACUCUUACUGAAUGUUCCCAUCUCUACAGCUUGACUAUGCAGACGAUUUUAAAAUUCCUAUUUGAGUUAAAUAGUUCUAUGGGUUUAGAUUAAUCCAAAUAUUAUGUUUAACCUACCAAAAAGUCAAUUGCUGCGCACUGAUUUUGAGUACUCAGUUUGAUAAUUCAUUCAAGUUCACUUCAGUCUUCGUGUACAGCACUUUCUACAUAGACUACAUUCAGUAGACUAUUACUGUCUGCUGCCAUGUAGAGGGAGAUAUUUAAACCGUAAUAGGUUAUGGAUCUGAGGCCAAGUCGUACAGGUUUCGCUUAGACGUGCAUGGUGUCCAUGUAACCGUUAGAGUGUGGCCCUUACAGACUAAACGCUGUAAUCGUCCUUCAUGGAGAGUCGGGAAAUGCGGCACUGCAGAGGGAAAAUGCCUCAUUUCGUGUGUGGGGGAGGGAAAGAAGGACGUUAAAUGGGGCAAUGGUGUCUUAAAUGACUGAAGAUGCUGAAGAAAAGAAGUUAUUCUCUGAUGGGGCCAGAAUCAACAUAGCGUUCUUUCCUAGUUCCUGGAGAUUCUUUAUUGUACAGACUUAAAUAAAGUGUUUGGAAAAACUCCAUGGUGGAGUGUUUCUCAACCAUGGUGUCUCUGAGUCUUUUCAUCCCAUCAUCUUCAGAGGCUGCUUUUGUUUGGUUUGCAUCAUUUUCUGACAAGGUUUCAUACUUGUUUAAAAUAUUACGAAGCUAAUUUUCAUUUGCAAACUUUUGUUAAUUGUUAGUGAGGCACUGCUCAAUGUUUACUGUAUAUAGCUUUUCAUUAUCGUACUUUUCAGACUUAAUCUUUUCAUUUCAAAUAAAAUGCUAAAACCUUAAACUUGUCGGUUCAAGGUUGAGAAUAAUAAAUUAUAAUUGUCAUUUAAAUGUUUGUGAUAGUUGUCAGACUGUUGCGUUUGUUCUAUCUUUUCCCAGGUCUACAAUGUACAUAUAUCAGUAUUUUAAGUAAACUGAUGUGCAGUUCUGCCUGUAAUGUUUAUGCACCCUACACUGUAUUGCACUGGAACUGACAGGUUUAAGAAGAAAAGAAAAAACUCUGGGCAAAUUUGAGAAGCCUCUGAAAAGUCUAAGAAGCAUUCUCUAUCCACAUGUUCCAGUACAGAGGGUGAAAUUGCGAUCAAGGCUUAAGUGACUAUUAAAAUUAAGUAAAAGCUGAUGACUUAAAUUUCUCUGAUUAAAAAUCCACUUGAUUUUUAAAGUACUUCAAUGUAUAUAACUGACAAAAGCAAACAGGACCUGCAGACGUCUGCAUUGAUUAAAUGUUUUCCUGUGAACUAAAUGCUAAACAGUAACACUAAUGAGCAUCAAAAGUAAAGGUUAAUUCCUGGUG